AUGUUCGUCUACCAAGGAAAACUCAACUGGUACAACUACGCCAAAGACGAGACCUUCGUUAUAAUCCUCCCCAGCGGCCCCGUUCGCGUCGGCGAUAGUGUCUACCUCUUUUCUCAAUGGACAGUCGACGCCCAAGGCCGCAAGAAACAGAACCACUUCUCCACCAUCACUGUCGACUCAGUCUCCCAGACAGACAGCAGCGAUGUGACCUUUAUCCUCAAAGGCUCAUGGUAUAACUAUACCGUCACUACCAAGAACGGCUAUAAGGAACUCAGCGUCGUGAUGCGUAAUCCUCAAAAUGGUGUCAGUGACGCUAUGCCUCUCCAGAGAAUCUGGGAGAGCAAGGAGGAACUCACAGGUACCACACGGGUCUGGACAGGAAAGUUCAAGUGGAUGAACUUCGCGAAUGAUGAGCCUGCUAUUUUCGUUGUACCGGACGGCUUUGGAGAGGGGAAGCCUAUUUUGUCCAUGUGGCAGUGGACCAAGGCUUCCAACGGAAAAACGAAAGAGCCGAGUUUCAGAGAUGAGGUUCAGAAGAAUGUCACUGGGCUCGAUACUGAUACUGUCAAGUUUAGCUACCAUUCUUACUAUGAUAUCAACUGUACUUGGGAUGCUAAGACGGAUCAGUUGGAUGUUUAUGUUAAGGAGGGAGGUCAUGGGGAGGAUGUGGGUGAUAUGGUUCGGUCGGCUAUUAUUGAGCGACAACAACACACUCAUGACUUCAACCCUCCUGAGCCUACUCCCGAGAAGGGUCAGUGUGAGCUUCGCAAACCACAGGCUCAAACUGCCCUUCCUCGUAUCCUGGAUCCCAUGCCCUUCCCCAAGGGUCUUCUCGAGACUUUGGCCCACACAGCUGCCUUUGUCGACCAAGCAGGCUAUCUAGCCAAGUAUGCUCAAGACCACUUCGCCGCUCUUGACGCAGACUACCACACCCAGCUCGAAAAGGUCAAAGCCAAGGACGCCGAAAUCACAAAUCUCAAGAAAACAGUCGAAGACCUCACCGCUGACCGCGGCGCCGCAAAGGCCAAGGCUGAGGAGCUACAAAAGCAGCUAGACAAUGCCAACAAAGAAGCGAAAUCCCUCCGAGAUGAGAUUGCCGAGUUGAGGGAGUUUAUCAAGAAGGACAAGAUCCAAGAUGCGGAGGCGCAAAAGAUUCUCGAGGAUACGCAGAAUAAGCUUAAGAGUGCUAAUGAGGAGAAGAGUACUCUUCAGAGGGAGCUUGAUGCUGCUAAUGCCACGAUUGGAGAGCUCAAUGCGAGAAUCUCAGAGUAUCAACAGCAGAUUAUUCAAAGGGAUACCGAGAUUUCUCGUCUCAAGGCAGAGAUUCAUGCUCAAACCACUCUCAACAAAACCCUCACAGCCAAGAAUACCGAACUUGAAUCCCUUAUUGAGAAGCUCCAAGCCUCCGAAGCAAACCUCAACGACGAUCUCAAACGCGCCAACGCAAGAAUCGACGAACUCAUCAAGACCAACACAGCCACCAGAAAGAAGGUCACCACCGCUGAGCACGAGAGAGAUGCCAUGCGUACUGAAGUUUCUGCUGCGAAUGAGGAGAGAGAUACCGCUGUUGCUGAGUUAGAGGAUUUGAAGCAGAAGCUGUACCAGAAGAAGAUUGUGCUGGAUUGA